CUCACAUUAUUGGGUAUUGUCAGGUUGCAGUAGGCAAAAUAUCUAUUUGAGUAGGCUAUUUGUAAUUUCUAAACCGAUGCUUCAGGUGUGAGAUGGUUUUGUCAAAAAUUAACUUCGUGAUAUGGAACGCAUUCCAGGGACACAAGGACGACACCACGAAAUAAAGAAAAAGACGGAAAAAAAUCAUCACAACUUACGGAGAGCCAAAGACGAUUAUUCUGACGAUCAGCAGUAUCCAGACAGCUCGAUUCAACCGUAUUUUAACGGUCUGUUUUAUCCUCCUGCUUCUCACGGUGGUUACGCGCCUGUGACUUAUCCACCAUUGAAAAGAACUGGUAGUCUAUCAUCUGGAAGUGAUUCUGCUUUUUCACCAGUAAGAUCAAAAUCAGACGAGCAUCACGUAUCUUCAACCACUGAGAAAUCCAGCAAAAGGGCUCGCUCACCUUCCCCUACGGAAAAACAUCGUCAAUGCAGAAGCCCUUCUGUGGAUUACUGUGAGCAAUCAACCGGAUUUUUGUUAAGUAACGUUACACCAACUUCACAUAGAAACUCGCAUUCGAAUUCAACAAAAACGGAAACGGCGGCAGCAACGAGCACGACCUCUAGUGAAGAGGAUGACGAAAGGCUCCGGAUGCAGAAACAAGCCGGGCGGGGUCGAAGAGGAGCUAUAGGGGUGCCGGACCAUCGUCCACCCAGCUGUGGGACGCCACUAGGAAAAAUCGCAGAGGAGUCGAAUGCUGCAUCUAAAAAGUUGUCUUCAAAGCGACAUCAAAGUGAAGACGAUAAAAUCAAUUAUGACCCUGAAAGACGAGAAGGCCAUGAUUCUUUUCGUGCACCACUGGCUCCCGGUGACGUCACGCAUAAAAACCAUGAGCAAUUUCUUCAAGGUCCUGGUGUUGAUCCAAGAUUAGGGAAUUUCUACGUUCAACCUCAUAUUCCUGUGGAUUCCAAGAUAAGAGAUGGUCGAUAUCCUUUUGACCCCAGAAGAUUGAGUUUGCAUGGUGAUCCAGUUGGAAGUAGCCCGGUACUUUCAGAGAUACCAUUGAUGCCUAUUGCUCCACAAUCACCCCUUCAUCAAACCGUGAACGGUACACCAGGACUUUUUUUUGGACCAGGAAUGGGUAACCCAGUCAAUAAUGCUUCAUUGGAUUUAUACAUGAGAUCUCUUACCCAUUCACCUACCAUGUCAAUAUUGUCACAAGCCAGAGGGCUAAGUCCAAGGCAUUCUAUACAAGGGCGUGAUGGUGAAAAAUUUCCAUACCCGUAUUACGGUAACCCACAAGCUAACGCAACUGCUGCCAUGGCUUCCACGUCUUUGGCUAACGCUGGAGUGAGCGGGGCACAAAAUGGAGUUGUAUCAUCAGCUGGAAUGCCACAAGGCGGACAAAGUCAAUCAUCUCUUAGUACAUUAGCUUAUUAUCAACUUGCACAACAGCAGUCAUGGCUGGCGGCAGUAGCUGGUGCUGGAGGCGCUGACCGAUCGUUAGCGAUGUCAUUUGAUAGGAGUGGUGGAGAUGUAUCACGGCUAUCUAGUCCAUUUUACAUGAGAUCUAGACAAGGUCGAAAACGAGCGUUAUCAAUAUCACCAUCACAAUCAGAUAGUCUAAGUUUAGAUCUGAUGAUUCGAACUUCUCCAAACUCGCUUCUUCCAUUCACAAAUAGUUUAGGAAAUUCAAGAAAUUCGUCGAUUGGAAGUGCUGGUAGUUACGGACAUUUAUCUGCAAGAGGGAUAAGUCCACAAAUGGGAUUCCAUCCUCGUCUCGCUUCUCCAAUGCACUCCCAGUUAUUUUCGAGGCAGCUUGCCGUGGCGUCUGCUGGAUUUCCACCCGGGUCUUUCGUCGGCGUAGCGGGGAAUCCCGUGACGCUUGACCAAAGUCAAAGACCUGUUCCACCCACUGACCCGAGGAACGGUCACGUGCCAUAUAUUCCUGGACAUCACCCGAAUAUGCAGAAAAAUGUUGCACAUCACAGAAGUCAACAAAUGAUGGGACCGGAUAACAAGGCGGAACAACAGCAAAUACAAUAUGGUCACGGAAUGAUUAAAACCGAACCCAGAAGUCCAGCGGUGACAGCUGCUAACAGGAUAUAUCACGGUGGCAAUAACCCUCAACGUAACGCAGAUGAAUCGGAAACCGUAUACGAGACAAACUGCGGAUGGGAAAAUUGUCUGCGAGAAUUCGACACGCAAGAACAACUAGUGCAUCACAUUAACAAUGAUCACAUACAUGGUGAAAAGAAGGAAUUUGUUUGUCGAUGGAGAGAUUGUGCAAGAGAUCAAAAACCAUUCAAGGCUCAGUAUAUGCUGGUGGUUCAUAUGAGAAGACACACAGGAGAAAAGCCGCAUAAAUGUUCUUUUGAAGGAUGCACAAAGGCUUACUCGCGAUUGGAAAAUUUGAAGACACAUUUGAGAUCCCACACUGGAGAGAAACCCUAUGUUUGUGAAUUUCCGGGAUGUACAAAAGCAUUCAGCAACGCGUCUGAUAGAGCAAAACAUCAAAAUAGGACACAUUCAAAUGAGAAACCGUAUGUUUGUCGUGAAUUGAAUUGCACCAAACGUUACACCGACCCAAGCUCUUUGCGUAAACACGUAAAAACUGUGCACGGACCUGAAGCUCAUGUAACCAAACGAAUGAGAGCUGAAAGAAAAAAAGAGGAGUCGAAAAAGCCAGACUCGGACGACCGGACAAUUAAACAGGAAUCGGAUGGUGGAAAACCACGAAAUCAAAAAGAUGAAAACAAUAAUACAUCGACCAGUAGAAGUUGCAACCCUACGUCACCUCGAAAUCAUCAAAGUCCACAUGAUGCGAACACGCCAGGAAACAUCAAUCCCAGAAGCAAUCAAUCUACUUGUACUUCUGGAUCCGACAUGUCGACAACUCCACAGCAUUCACCUCAUGCUAAUAUACAACAUAAUAAUAAUGAUUCUGGAGUAGAACUAAACGCAGGACACGGUCAUGAUCAUGAUAGUGAUGGAGAUAUUGUUGUUGAUGAAAACCCGUUGCCAGACUCAACGUCAGGUGGAGGCGUCGGUUUACAGUCUAGAAGGAGAACCUCACUUCGACAGAACAUCAUACCUAGAAUGGUGAACCAGAAAAUGCAAAGUCUCUCAUUAGGCAAUGCAGGAGGAAGUUUGUCAUCAUUAGGACCUGAUGUAUUGGGAGAUUACUUGCUGCCUUCUCUACCAACAACGAAAACAGAAAAGGGAUCUGGGAAUUCUCCAUACCCACAUUAUUCACCGAAAAGUUUAAACAGCAAUGGAGGUGGCACGGAUGAAGUGUCAUCAACAACUUUGGCAAGUCCAAAAAACACUCCUAAAUCUUACAACAAGUCAAAUCCUCACGCAAAAAUGCAAGGGGGAAUUUCUCCCUUAUAUCGUCAAGUAGCGAUGCUAGGACAUGAUCGUAGAGAUAGUGGCACCAGUUCUGGUCACCCAAGCAGGAAACCAUCCGGAAUAUCGAAUACAAGCAGGCGGUCUAGUCAGGCGUCUUCACAUCACUUACCAGUUGCGGGGUCGUAUGAUCCCAUAUCACUGGGUUCUUCAAGAAAAUCAAGUGGGAUAUCAGUCGCUCCAGGUCACGGAGGUUCUGCAUCUUCACCUACUUUACCAUCUCUGAAUCCAUAUACUCUUCAUCGUUUGACUUCAAAAUUUAAUGAAGUAACAGGAAAACCUCCUCCUACACCGCUUGAUAGAGACACAUAUUCAAGGAGUCAACUGGGAAAAUGGCUGCAAGAAGAUGCCAUUGCGCGUGCUAACGGAACGCUGUCCAAUCCAUCAAACGUUCCUACAUCGAUGACCAACCCUGGAUACGGCACUAACGGGGCACAUGUCACUAUGGGGCCACCUAGUGUAAUCCCGCCUCCACACCAUGGCAGUAAUGCCGCCGCUAUGUUACCAAAUCGAAGACGAAGUGAAAUGCCAUACCACAGAGCAACGCGAACGCCACUGCCUCACGAUAUACCAAGCAAUGGUAACAGAAGAGCAAGUGAUCCAGUAAGAACACCCUCUCAGCAAAUGGAUACGAAUCGUCUGCCGAACGUUCAGCGUUAUUAUAGUUGGAAUAAUGUAAAUCCGUUACCUGGAAUCAGAAAUCAUCAAAAUCAAGGGAACCCGAAUAACCUUGGAAAUAUGGGAAUGCAACCUAACUUGGGAUAUAAUAACUUUCUGUCUGCAGGAAAUUUACAGGUCGGAAGGCAACGUUCUGACAGUAAUGGCAGUUUCUUUAGUAGCGAAAGUGGAUACCAAAGUAAUGGAAGUAACUUAGCACUGAACAACGCAGGAGAAUAUACCAAUCAGCCAAUGCAUGGUCAACAUCGACAAGUACCAGUCGACGGAUCCAUGAAUCAAUUCAAUCCCAAUCAUUCGCACAGACAACAUUUGUUGAGACAUGUUCAAAAUAAUAAUAAUAUGAUGCCGCCUGGUGGAGUAAAUGAAAACUUACUGCAAGAGAAUUUGAAUGCCGAUAUGAUGUCCGACAUGAUGCAAAAUGAACAUCAAGCAGGUUACAUGAAUCCUGCUAUGAUAAAUCCACAACAGAAGCAAAUGUACUUACAACAACAACAGCAGCAACAACAACAACAAUCUAACAACAUGCAAAGAAACAAUGCGUAUCAACAACACGGGUAUCCCGACCAACAAAUUCUUCAACCUUAUCAUAAUUUCAAUGACGGCACAAUGAUUCCUUACGGACCUCAAGACGUGGCACCAUUUAGACAAAUGCCGUUGCCACAAAGUAGCGACGGAAAUACGCUUUCUUCGUAUCCAAACCCUACCCCGCCACAAGCAAAUUAUUCUCAAUCAUCUCAGAAUUAUUAUCAAAAUCCAAACGGUUAUGAUUCCCGAGCACAAAUGGCGCCGUUUGCACUAGAAGGCAUCACUCCGAGGCCGCCGGCAUCCGGUGCCAACAGCGACGCUUCCCUGAUAAAUAGAUUUAGAAUGUCACGAAUGAGAAAUCCAAAUCAAAGAAAUCAGUCCACGUCAUCAGCUGAAAACCAAUACCCUGGACGAAUCAAUUGCACACCGGACGCAGAAAUACCUGACGCUUUUCUUCAACAAGAAUUUAUUGAUAGCAUUCCAGCUUUGCAUAUAUCGGGAAGUUUCGAUGACACAAAUAAGGGUCGCAACUACAUGAAAAUGCCAGCUGACAGUACAACGGGACCUGACGAGGGAGACGAAUACAUUGAAUCCGCUCUAAAGAAACCUGAUAAUGCAGAUGAUAAUUUUGAUGCCAUGAGUGGAACAAAUACAGAUGUCACUUUACCUCUAAUGUCGGGGUUAUCAACAAGGAUAGUAACUCCUCUAUUAGAGAAGCCCUACACUACAUCGCUUCAACAACAAGAAGUAAAUGAACAGAUGGGAUUAGCUGCAGUUGUUAACGAAUGUUGGGAUAUGAAUCCAUCAGCAAAUAUGGCAUUAAACAGCAUGAGUUCUAUGUUGAGUACCUUGAAUGAAGAAAAUAAAUUUCUUCAGAUGAUGCCACAAUAAAAUAAUUAUUUUUCUGGAAGUUGUCUCAAUGGCUUACUCUCACGCACUUCCGGAAAUAUUUCAACAUUCUACUUAACAGGACCUGAUAUUUAAUCUAUUUUAACUUACAAUCGAUCAGCUUUUUUUAGUUUUGCAAUCGCAGAUGUAAUGAUCGGGUGGGUAUGUGCCUAAACAAUUGUCAAAGUAAGGAAGCAAUCAUAAAUACUAACCUUGUUUUUCUGAAUAGGGUUUCCUAGUGAAAUUUGUAUGGUCAAUUGUUCAAUCUUACCGGUCUUUCUUACAUUUCAAAGGUAAUUUAUAUAAAUGUUUAUCAAAUAUGUUAUGAUUAUUCCCGGCAUUGUUAUAGCUAUAGCUAGGAAUCUUAAUAUACAACUAUGUCUCAUGAUUUGCAUAAUUUGUUAGAAGAAGUCUUUCGGUAUAAAUAAUAAAGCUAAUUUGAGACUUACUGUCCGAAGGUUAAAAGCCACUGUAUUCAUGGUUCAGGCAGUUCCGAAAAAGUAAUAUAUCGAUUGGAUUCAUGCCGAGUGAUAUCAUAAAUUCUUUAAAUGAAAUUUCAUAGUUUGCGAAUCAUGAUUGGCGUUUAAAAGGACCAACAUUACAAUAUUGUACCAAAUAUAACUCUUUUUGUCCAGUACAUUGUAUGUGACAUUGCUAUUUUCCCGAUCACUGCACUGCUUAUUGCUCAUGUUACAGCUUUACAAAAACUUUUUGUUUGAUGAAUUCUUUUCUCUGAGCUGCUAUUUCAUAUAAAAUAGAAUGCGUAGUUGGUACGUUUUAAUUUUCAUUCCAGUUAACGGAACCGCUGCUGUCACUUCUUUUCAUGUUUCUUCAUAUUGUCACUGCCAAACUAUAUUUUUGACAAUACUCAAUCAAACAUUUAAGUUCUCAUGAAUUUUCCGCCUGCCAAUUUUUAUUUAUGAUACAUCCUUUGAUUUACCUGUCAGUUCUAUACUUUUUAAAGUCCUUGUUAUUUUUACUUUAUCGUCUGAAAUGAAUGACUUGCCUUCAUUUGUGAAAUUUAAGCAUAUUGUUUAAAUGAUAUUGCAGAGACAAAAUCCUAUUUUUAUCAGUUUGUUACAUGCGCAAUGAUAUGAUAAUUGAAAUUGGUAUAAUGGGACUGGGUAGUGAUAUUGUGUCCGUUGCAAUAUUGAAAACCCACACUCUAUAUAGAUAUCUCGACAUUUUUAUCUCAAUGUUCAUGUUUACUAUUUUAUUGAAGGCUAUAAAUUUUUGCCUUUUUUGACAAAUUUUAGGCCUGUGUCAUAAGUUUCAUUGUUUUCUGCUGCUGUAUAUAUUGUAUUAUUUUCGUAAUAUUAUUUGUUUCUAACUUCUGUCUUUUGUACUGCCACUGAAUAAAGCCAUCAACACAAUUUCCGAUUUGGUAUGAAUUGGC